AUGAGACAAGCUGUAGGGCGCGGCGAGCGGCGGGCACCUUACCGGAAGCGGAAGACGGGGGGGCGGGCCAAGGGAGAUCGGAAGUCCGCGGCGGUUAAUUCCAUUUACAGUGCGUCUUGUCUUCUCUCCAUCUGUGUUUUACUGAGACUGCGAGAAAUGGUCAGGUCCGGAUCUCGACCGGGCCAGGUGUUAUCUUCAGGAAGGCCCCCUGGAUCUGCCAGAAUAACACAUGGAAAAAAAGGAACCCAUUUAAGAAAAGUAUCAUGCCUUAAUGCAGAUUCUGGCUGUCCUGGUCCUGAUUUAGGAAAACAGACUAGACCUGUACAGGGACUUGAUGGUUGUGCUUCUUUGCUGCGGGACAUUUUGAACAAUGAAGAUUCAGGUUCAGAAGUAGUAUAUUCAGAAAACAAAUCUAAUUCAAGACUUUUAGAAAGCAAAAAAUGUGAUUCUAAACAGAAAAGACGUGAAAAACAUAUUGUUCCUUCGGUAGUUCGGAAAGAAAUAUGGACCAAAGGAAAUCCAAGAAUGGAAGAGAGAUCUAAGAACCGGGCUAGCAAUAUGCUGACAGCAAAAAGAUAUGAUUUGCCCCUCCACUCUUUGGGCUACAGACAGGAGUUUGGGCUUCUUCCCAACAUAGAGACAGAGCCUGUAAAAGCUGUGUCCACAGCCUGUGAGGAUUCAGAAAUUCAGAGGUUAGUAGCAGAAUUGGAAGCAUGCAUAUCUGGGCUUCUAGCAAAAAGUGGAAACAUAAAUACCCAAGUUGAAAUAGCACUGGCCAUGCAACCAUUAAGAAGUGAAAAUGUUCACUUGCGACGGCAACUGAAAAUUUUGAAUCAACGACUCAGAGAACAAGAAAUAACUGCAAAGGCAUCUAGUACUAUGAAAUGUAAUCUUGAAUUGUUUUCUCUUCAGUCAUUGAACAUGUCACUACAAAAUCAAUUGCAGGAGUCAAUAAAGAGUCAGGAAUUACUACAGAGUAAAAAUGAAGAGCUCUUAAAAGUGAUUGAAAAUCAGAAAGAUGAAAAUAAAAAAUUUACUAGUUUAUUUAAAGACAAAGAUCAAACUCUUCUUGAAAAUAAACAGCAAUUUGACAUUGAAAUGACAAGGAUAAAAAUUGAAUUGGAAGAAGCCCUGGUCAAUGUGAAAAACUCCCAGUUUAAGUUAGAAACUGCUGAAAAAGAAAAUAAGAUAUUGGGAAUAACGCUACGCCAGCGUGAUGCCGAGGUAACUCGAUUGAGAGAAUUAACCAGAACUUUACAGAAUAGCAUGGCAAAGCUGCUCUCAGAUCUUAGUGUGGACACUGCUCGUUGCAAGCCUGGGAAUAAUCUUACCAGAUCACUUCUGAACAUUUAUGAUAAGCAACUUGAACAGAAUCCAGCCCCUCUUCACACUUCCAUAAUGAGCUACCUAAAUAAAUUAGAAACAAAUAACAGCUUUGUACAUUCAGAACUACUUUCUACAAUUAAGAAUGAGGAAACCAUAGAUCUAAAUAGUCCUUAUGAAAAUGUUCUGCCUCCCAAAGGCCUUCCACAUAAUGACACUAGUGCCAUGGAGGGAAUAUCUGUACCUGGGAAUCUUUCUAUCCUUUCAAAACAGGGUUCUGAUGUGGAAUGUGAAACCAUGACUUUAAUUGAAGGGUGUAAUUUGGAUAAUACAAUUUAUAUUCCUUUGGCUAGAAGCACUUCUAAAAAGCAUUCACCACUUCCUAAAAGAGUCUCCCCUCAGCCCAAGAUAAGUGUUUCUGCAACACAACUAGUCAGCAACAGUACAUUUAUCUCUGAAACAAAAAAUAAACUGUGUGCACCUGCAGUUGAUUCUUCAAAAAAUGAAACAGAAGAUGUACAUCCAAACCUUUCAAGCACAGCUGAUAUGGAAGACAUAGAGCUCCUCAAGAAAAUAAAGGAAGCAAUUGGUAAGAUUCCUGCUGCCACUGAGGACACAAAGGACCAGACUGCACAUCACAGUCCAGCAGUUUGUCAUGCUACCAGCGUUCAAAGGAAAGGCAAUGCUAAUGCUGUUUGCGAUGACAGCUGUUUAAAUUCUGACUUGAUGUCAGACUGGAGCAUCUCUUCUUUCUCAACGUUCACUUCUCAUGAUGAACAAGACUUCAGAAAUGGCCUGGCAGCUUUGGAUGCCAACAUAGCUAGACUCCAGAAAUCCUUAAGAAUUGGUCUUCUGGAGAAAUGAAUUCAGAAGAAAACUGAGUGCUUCCUCUUUAAGAUUAGAAUUUUGCUACAUUAAUGUUGUAUUUUAAGCUUCUUUGGAGAAAUUUUUUAUGUUAUUAAUUAUGGAACAAUAAAUUGAAAUAAUAGAUUUAA